AUGCCUGAGUUAUACCCUAAAGCCAUAGAAAGCGAUGGUGAGGAGAUACCUGAGGAGGAGGAAGGUCUAGACAGCGAUGACGACGUCGAGGCGGUAACCAUAAAAAAGAAGAAGAAAAUUGCUGGUGCUUCUUCUGAGUUCUCAUCUAAUUUCUUCUUCGAAGGAUUCAGUGGACAGAAAGAAGACCGUGAAACAGAAGAUUUGAAAAAAUAUCUGAGAUCGAGUGUCAAAUCAACUUUGGAUGAAAAGAUUGCUGAGGUCCGUAAGCUGAAGAACAGUGCUCGUGAAGUAGACAUUGAAAAAUUGGAAGAUAGUGAUAAUGACGUGGAGCAGUUAGGAGGAAAAGAAGUCAAAGAUACUAUUCGUGAAAAGAAGAAGUUGGGAAGAAAACAAAAAAGUAAACCUGACAGUUUCUUCGAAGAACACAUUAAGCCAGAUGAAGACACUUUAACAUUCGAACAGAUGAAUCUUUCUCGACCCAUAUUGAAGGCUAUUGGAUCGGCAGGCUAUUCUGACCCCACUCCCAUCCAAGCUUCUUGCAUUCCUGUAGCUCUUACAGGAAAAGAUAUUUGCGCUUGUGCUGCUACGGGUACUGGUAAAACUGCAGCUUUCGUUUUGCCUAUUUUGGAGCGUCUUCUGUUUAGAACUAAUGAAAGAUCUAGAACUCGUGUUCUUGUACUUGUCCCCACAAGAGAAUUAGCCAUUCAAGUUUUCCAAGUUUUCCGAAAACUUUCCGGUUACUCGCAGUUAGAAGUUUGUCUAUGCGCUGGAGGUCUUGAUUUGAAAGCGCAAGAAGCUGCUCUCCGAAGUGGACCGGAUGUAGUUGUAGCAACACCUGGACGAUUGAUUGACCAUCUUCAUAACUCUCGUAAUUUCUCUUUGGACACUAUUGAGGUUUUGGUGCUGGACGAAGCUGAUAGAAUGCUUGAAGAAGCUUUCCAAGACCAAAUGACUGAGCUUAUCAGACUUUGUUCGCCAGAUCGUCAAACACUCCUCUUCUCCGCCACAAUGACAGAUCAGAUUGAUGAGUUAGCAGCCAUGUCUUUGAAGAAGCCAGUCAAAAUUUUCAUUAAUGAAAAUACAGAUACAGCCUCCAACCUCAGACAAGAGUUCAUUCGUAUUCGUGCUGGUAGAGAAACUGAUCGAGAAGCAAUUGUGGCUGCGUUAGUUACACGUACUUUCCAGGAAAACACUAUAGUAUUCGUGAAAACGAAGAAGGACUGUGCACGCAUGCAGAUCUUAUUAGGACUGCUAGGAAUAAAGGUUGGACAAAUGCAAUCUAGUUUGUCUCAAGUUCAAAGAAUCGAAGCUCUGUCCAAAUUCAAAAAGAGAGAGAUUGACGUGUUGGUGUCUACAGAUUUAGCUUCUAGAGGUUUGGAUAUUGAUGGUGUCCAAACGGUCAUCAAUAUGCAUAUGCCAAAGUUCAUCAAGCAGUAUAUUCACAGAGUUGGAAGAACUGCUCGUGCUGGAAGGACUGGAAGAUCUAUUUCUCUCGUUGGCGAAGCUGAUAGAAAACUUUUGAAAGAAAUUAUUAAUUCUAAUAAAGAUCGAAUUUUGAAACAGCGUCAAGUAGCCGCAGAAGUUGUGGAGGCUUAUAGACAACGUAUUGACUCCUUGGAAGAAGAUAUAAAGAAGAUUGAUUCUGAUGAACGGGAGGACAGAGAAUUACGUAUUACAGAGGAAAAUCUCAAGAAGACCCAAGAGAAGUUACACAACCCUACUGCCGAAAGAGUAUGGUUCCAGAAGAAAACUGAAUCAGAUAAGGAAAGAAUACGAGCAGAAAAACGUGAGGCUCGUAAGAUGGCUCAGAAAGAGAGAGAGGCUGCCAAGACGCCUGAGGAAAUUAGUGCCGAAAGAGAAGCAGCCUUCUUGGUACGUGAAGCUAAACGCAAAAGAAGAGGAAGUCAUAAGCGUAUGCGUGCUGUGGUUGAAGACAACAAUAGAUCUAAAUCUAAACAACCAAACGCCAAAAGGAAGAAGAUCGCAUCUGCUUCUCUCGCGUCACUUCCAGCUAUCGGAGGUAAUACUCCUAAGUCUCCUAAGGGUGCAGCACCGAAGAAGGGUGGUUCCGGUGGUCCAAAGAAAUCAUUUACCAGUGCUUUGGCAGCUGUUGGCAGUAGAAGUGUUAAGAAAGCCAGAAGAGGACCUGAGGAUGCUCAAUUCAUUAAGGCUAGAGUUGCUCACCGUCUCAAAACCAAGAAGAAAUAG